AUGGAGCUUUGCUCGGGCCCGUCCCUGCAAUCCAUUCUAGAGGAUGUAUGCCGCCAACCGGAGGUCUCAAGGCGAAGCUUCCUGCCCAAGCUGCGGCGGCACUUCCGUGAGGUCACGUAUGCCAUCAGCUACCUCCACGGCAUGGACCCUCCCGUGGUCCAUCGAGACCUGAAGCCCGAGAACAUCCUUUUGGCCGAUGCCACCGAGCACAGCACUGCUCGGCUCAUUGAUUUCGGGUUAGCCUCCCUGAAAACGGAUCAGGAGGAGCACUUGGCGGUGGGGACGAUGGUCUUUAUGGCACCUGAGACCUUCACCGAUGUGAAGGCCCAGCUGGAUCAGCAGACCGACAUCUGGGCCUUGGGUGUGAUCUUCACGUGGAUCGUCACUGCCCUGGAGCUGGGCUCCCUACAGCAUCCCUGUCUGGAGCCCGAGGAUGGCGAAGAGUUCAAUGUCCGCUGGAUCGACCUGUACAACGCGUUCCGCGACCGAGUGCCGUGGAACCGUGCGCUGAUUGCGAGCUAUCCCACGGUGGGCAGCAUCCUCGACAAGGCGCAGGGGUCGAGGGCCCGGGCCGUUUUCCAAGCCUCCGACGAGUCGGACGGGCAGGUGGGAGAGGAUCCCUGGAUGUCCGUCUCGGACCCCGCCAUCUCGGCCUCGGCGGAGCUCUUGGAACGCGGCAGCCUGCUGUACAACCUCCGGACCUUCGGAGAGCUGACGAACCUCGAGAAGAAGAUCGUCUCUCUGGUCGCUGACCACGCGCCGGACGCCAAGCUGGAGCUUCUCCGGAGGACCUUCCGGGCCUUUGAUACCUCCAAGCAGGGCGUGCUGGAUGUGUCCGAGUUGAUCGAGGGCUUCAGGCGUGGUCUGAAUGUCGCUGAGGAAGACUUGAUCAGAGAUUUGUUUGAUUCGGUGGACAUCGACCACAACCAUGUCAUCAGUUACCAGGAAUGGCUUGCAGCCACCAUUGGCCCCGGCAUCCUUGACUCAGAAGCGGCGCUGGGCGCCUGCUUCCGGCGCCUGGACCCGGAAGCCAAUGGCGUCAUCACCCGAGACGAUCUCAUCAGGCGCGGCCACGCGGAGCGUCCCACGAGAGGUCCGGGGCGUCCGGGGAGUGGGGCACGGUGGUGA